GGACGCGGCGGGCAGCGCUGCCGGAAGAGCCCGAGCCUCCUGCCACCGUGUCCGCUGUCGCCGCCGCCACCGCCACCGUCGAGCUCCGCGGGGCCCCGAGUCCCAGCCGAGUGUCCUCGGAGCCGCCCGCCGCGCUCCCCGCGCCCCUCGCGCUCCCCGAGCCGCCGCGCCUCCCGCUCGGCCUCCGUCCUCAGCUCCCCGCCCGCACCCGCCUUCACUCUGGAGCGGCCCGGGCAGCCGCAGCAGGGGCGGCGGCGGCGCAUCGAGGAGCUCUCCAGGUCGUCCCGGGAGAAGCUGCUGCAGUCCCGGGACAGGAUGUUUUCCAAGCUCACGUCCAUCCUGCAGCACGCCGUGGAGGCGCUUGCACCGUCUCUUCCACUACAAGAAGAUUUUGUUUAUCAUUGGAAGGCAAUCACCCAUUACUACAUAGAAACUUCAGAUGAUAAAGCCCCUGUGACGGAUACGAACAUUCCGUCCCACCUGGAGCAGAUGUUGGACAUACUGGUGCAAGAGGAAAAUGAGCGAGAGUCUGGAGAGACGGGGCCAUGUAUGGAGUACCUGCUCCAUCACAAGAUCUUGGAAACAUUGUACACCUUAGGGAAAGCCGACUGUCCUCCCGGGAUGAAGCAGCAGGUUUUACUGUUCUAUACCAAGCUUCUGGGAAGAAUCCGGCAGCCCCUGCUUCCACACAUCAACGUUCACAGGCCGGUGCAGAAAUUAAUCCGAUUGUGUGGAGAGGUGCUUGCCACACCGACAGAAAACGAAGAGAUCCAAUUUCUCUGCAUCGUCUGCGCGAAGCUGAAACAGGAUCCCUACUUGGUCAACUUCUUUCUGGAGAACAAGUCCAAGUCGCUGGCUUCCAAAGGAACUCUGAGUGUCAUCUCAGCUGAUGUCCCCAAAAGUCAGGACCCCGUGUCAGCGGACAGCAGCCAGUGCCAUCAGCCGCAGGAGCUGCCCCGUGCUCCUGGGGUGGGGUACACGGAGCCAGAGGAAGAGCCCCCUCACCAGAUGGAUGAGCUGUCUGCAAGCUUGGAUGACCUCAAUGUCACCUCACCACCAGAGGCCUCUGACAGUCGGCCGAAACAGGAUUACAACUUAGUGAAUUCUCUGUUGACCCUGACAAAGAGCCCUGACGGCCGGAUAGCCGUGAAAGCGUGCGAGGGCUUGAUGCUCCUGGUGAGUCUGCCAGAGCCUGCGGCUGCCAAGUGCCUCGCUCAGAGCACCUGCUUGUGCGAGCUGCUGACCGGCAGACUCGCCUCCCUGUAUCAGGCCCUCCCUCAGUCGGUGGAUCCCUUGGAUAUUGAAACUGUGGAGGCAGUGAACUGGGGGUUGGACUCCUAUAGUCAUAAAGAGGACGCGUCAGCGUUCCCUGGGAAGCGAGCCUUAAUUUCAUUUCUUUCCUGGUUUGAUUAUUGUGAUCAACUCAUCAAGGAAGCACAAAAGACUGCUGCUGUUGCUCUCGCCAAAGCCAUCCAUGAGAGGUUCUUUAUCGGUGUCAUGGAGCCUCAGCUGAUGCAGACCUCCGAGAUGGGGAUCCUGACAUCGACGGCUCUACUGCAUCGUAUUGUUCGACAAGUGACCUCGGACGUCCUGCUUCAGGAGAUGGUGGCCUUUAUCCUUGGAGAGCAGAGGGAGCCAGAAACGCUGUCGGAAAUUGGCAGGCAUCCCCUAAGACAUAGGUUAAUCGAGCAUUGUGAUCACAUAUCUGAUGAGAUAAGCAUCAUGACCCUGAGGCUGUUUGAGCAUCUUCUGCAGAAGCCCAACGAGCACAUUCUUUACAACUUGGUCCUGAGAAACCUGGAGGAAAGGAACUACACGGAAUACAGGCCUUUGUGCCCGGAAGAUAAGGAUGCAGUGGAGAAUGGGCUGGUGGCCGGAGCCGUAGAUCUGGAGGAAGAUCCAUUAUUUACUGACAUUUCACCAGAUAACAUUCUGCCAAACCAAGAGUGGAUCAGUUCACCCCAUGCCAGCCCAGACCACCCCAAAAAUGAUGGCAAGACGGAAGUCCAUAAAAUCGUCAACAGUUUCCUCUGUUUAGUACCAGAUGAAGCAAAGUCAUCCUACCAUGUCGAGGGCACUGGCUAUGACACCUACCUCAGAGAUGCUCACAGGCAGUUCCGAGACUACUGCGCUGUCUGUUUGCGAUGGGAGUGGCCCGGAGCCCCCAAACCACUGGAGAAGUGUGACUUAGAAGCAGCCUUCUUUGAAGGACAUUUUUUGAAAGUUUUAUUUGACAGAAUGGGAAGAAUUCUUGAUCAGCCAUAUGAUGUGAAUCUGCAGGUGACCUCAGUGUUGUCCAGGCUGUGCCUCUUCCCCCACCCCCACACCCACGAGUACCUUCUGGACCCCUAUGUGAACCUUGCCUCUGGCUGCAGAUCGCUCUUCUCUGUGAUCGUCAGGGUUGUUGGUGACCUGAUGGUUCGAAUUCAGCGUAUUCAAGACUUCACCCCCAAGCUUCUCCUAGUCAGAAAACGACUGCUCGGCUUGGAGCCUGAGGGCCAGAUCAUCGACCACAUCACGUUGCUAGAGGGUGUGAUUGUCUUAGAGGAAUUCUGCAAGGAGCUGGCCGCCAUCGCCUUCGUGAAGUACCACGCUUCCGCCACGCCGUGAGUGACAUCACCCUGAUCUCUGGGAGGACGAGAACCUUGUCAGUGAAGUAGGAAUCUGCUGCCUGGCUGCUGCCGGUGAACAGGGCUGAUGUCAUGAUUCUCUGUGUAAACUGCACGUUGUUGAAACCCGGGAUGCAUUUCCAGUGACCGAAAAGCUGCAAAACUCCUGAUGUCAGGACUUUGCUGGUAUUUCUGUUAUUUUAAUAUCCUCCCAGGCAGCAAAGCAUUUUGACAUUCUCUGAGACUUAAUGCUUAUCUUCUUUUGUAUUAAUAAGCAGCAAAAAAAAUCACUAAUUUUAUAACUUUUUAAGGUUAAGAUUCUUAUCAUACAAAAUAUUUAAGAAAAUUGUAAAUGAGAAAGAAAUGUAGUUGAGGCCCUCAGAAGACUCUCUAGGAGAUGAAACGCAGAGAACAGCAUCAUUCUUCAGCUUUUGUAAGAAAACAAUUUAAUAUGAUAAGAAAGUAUUAAUUAAUAUAUAUUUUUAAAGAAAUGUUCUUUUACUCUUUUGUGCCAUGUUCGUGUUGAUUUCCCUGUGUGGCUCCAGUUUCUCCACACUCACGUUUGCAGCAGCAUUGGGCUCAUCCGCCUCAGUGGUAGCGUUCGCUAAAGUAGUAUCUUGUAAAGCUAGUUAACACAUACUGAGACCUCCCCAUGCCUUCUCUGAGAAUGGCUUUAUGAAACUGUUUCGUAAUUGACUUUCUUAGUGGAGUGGGUGUGUCCAGGUGGGAGCUGACGGCAAGUCUGAGGAAGCCGUCAGGGUGCCGAGGGCCUUUACUGUUUACAUUUGCUUUCAUUUUAUUCUGUCUUUUGUCUUAAGAGAUUCUAAAGAGAUUUUUAAAAAGUCUUUCCUUGUUGAGUUCACACCUUAGAGGAUUUGAGGAGCCUGAGUGUGUGUGGAAUGGCCUGGAUGCAGGAUGUCUAGGUGAGCCGGGUUGCAGGGCACACCUGCGGGUCACCUGCUCUUUCCUCUCAGCUCGAGAGGGUCCGCCUCCACCCCCUCUGUGAUAUCACCAGAUGUGUGUGCACGGCCACAGCGCGUGGUAUGUGCUCAGAGCGCGUUUGACGCUUUGUUCAGUCUAUUUUACUAGCGUUUCUGAUUCAUGUUAUAGUUCAGUUUCGCUACUUAGAAACAAAAUACUGACGGUAUGAAUAGCCUGCCUCUGGUCUAGGGUGAUCAUCCUUGUCAAAACAAAACAACUGCAUUUCCAACAGGAUGCAGAUCUUUCUUUGCUCAUUCAAGAACUCCACUAUAACAACAGGAGACAGUGAUUCCCGACAUGGUUUUCCUUCUGUGGCCGUGAGUGAUGAGAAAUGGUUUUGUUGUAUUUAUUGACCAGUUUGUGCAAGAAUCACCGCAACACCUUCAUUUUAAAAUGUUGCUGCAGUCUACUUAGAUGAAGGUGUGUUUAAAAUAAGGCACUGAGAGGUAUCAGAUAUUUCUUAAUGCCUUCCUAGUGCUCAGUAGGUGUGGUAGCAAUGAGGUUACCUCCCAGACUAGUCCUUGAAUUCCCGGCAGGACCUUAUCGCUUAUCCACGCAGACGAGCUCAGUAAAGCUUUAACUAUAAUUUGUGUGUUUGCUGCUUCUGCGAAUAGAGUUUUCCUGAGUCACCAUAAUGAUCUUGAUCCGUAACCGGCUAGGGUUAGUCGGCUUCUCCUCUGUAAUUUCUUCUGCAUAUUUAAUUCAGACCUAGAGUCAGCACAAGUCAGAGAACUGAGUCGAUUUGUUAAGGAAACUAUAUACCACAUCCCUAGGCUUUUUCCCACAGUUCCAGAGGCCUGGCUGUUUCCAGGAUUUCCACAGACCAGGUGCGUGGAAGUACCACCUUAGCCAAGUGGUUGCCAUGGUGAGUUCCGAACCGAACUCUACCUGCUCCGUGGUUGUAUAAAUAGGAAAUUGGUGUGCACAUUUUUUAUUUUCUAACUUUCUAACAGAAGCCUUUGGGUUUAUUUUCAGCAACAAGCCAUUUUCACUUGACAAAAUCAGAUUUGUCGUUGCCAAUUUUUAUUACAGGGCUCACAUUAUAACUAUAUAAUGUUCUCACACUGUAUCUGUGCAAUAUGAAGCUAUGGAUGGAUUCAUAGCUUUUUGGCUUACCUGUAUAUUAUUGUGUUUGUACAUAAAUGUAUUUAAAUGUGUGUAUGUAUAUAUAUGUUUAUGGACCAUAUUUGGUCCAUGUGUGUAUAUGGACCAAAAUCCUUAGCUUGCUUACACUGUUGCUAGUGUAAAGAUUGUUACAUUUAAUUUUACAGGGCACAAAUUAUAGAAUGACUUUGUACUUUCAUGGUAAUGUCUCCAUAAGUUAUUACAUUACAGUUACCACUUAGUUUCUAAGUUUACUGUGUAACAGGAGUCACAGGGAGAUGCUAAACCCACAAACUAUGUGGUAAUUGUACGUAUUUGGAUUGUAUAAUAAAGUAAAAUAUGCAUGUCAUCGUGACACUUGCUAUGUUAAGACAGAUAAUCCUACUUCUAAGCCCUGUAAAAUAUCAUCACUAAUACUCUGUUAGCCUCUGCCUUGUUUACAUUAAACAGGAUAUUUGAUACAUUUUUCUAUGAACAUCAUGUGGGUCACUGAUGGUGGCCACUGACGGAGAAGCUCUCAGAUGACUGUGUGCCCACCGUCCCUUCCGGGGAGGUGGAGAUCAGCUUUGGCUUGUGCGCUAACAGUGCAUGCAGGACUAAGAGGGAAAUCAAGAAAAUAAAUCAAUGUA